AUCUUUUUAAAGAAGGCAGAGCAGCCCAGCUGCAGUGCGGAGCGCGACUCGGGAGAAAAACUACACGGAGAGAAGGGAAGACUGAAGGAGACGCAACACAGCUUCACGAGAGAGAAAGGAGCAGAGGAUGUCCAGAGCUGACUGGUCCUUCCUGGAGCACCUGCUGGAGGACGGCCAAGAGUACUCGACGGCUAUCGGUCGCGUCUGGCUUACUGUGCUGUUUCUGUUUCGCAUGCUGGUGCUGGGAACUGCUAUCGAGUCUGCAUGGGAUGACGAGCAAGCCGACUUUGUCUGCAACACCAAGCAACCUGGCUGCACCCCUGUCUGCUACGACCGAGCGUUCCCCAUAUCCCACUUCCGCUACUUUGUCCUCCAAGUCAUCUUCGUCUCCACGCCGACCAUUUUCUACUUUGGAUAUGUGGCUAUAAGGGCCAGGAAGGAUCCCAAAAGUGAAGAAGGGAAGGAUGACGAGCAGGAAAAAGUGAUUGAGAUUGAGAUCAAAAGGAGUGAUAACAAUGUGACUAAAGGCAAUGCAGAAGAAAAGGAGAAAGACAAGAGCAGUGGGAAUAGUAGAACAACUAAUAAGGCCUCUGUUGAGGUUCCUAAACUAAAAGGGAGGCUGCUGGCUGCAUAUGCAUUCAGCAUCCUGUUCAAGGUUCUCCUUGAGGCUGGAUUUAUUGCUGGGCUUUGGUUCCUCUAUGAUGGCUUCUUCAUUAAGGACAAGUUUGAGUGCACAGGCUUCCCUUGCCCUCACGUGGUGGACUGCUUUGUCUCACGCCCCACGGAAAAGACCAUCUUCACCAUCUACAUCCAGGUGAUUGCUGCCAUCUCCCUGCUCCUCAACGUCAUUGAGCUCAUCCAUCUGGUCAUGCUUGCCAUUUCUCUGCGGCUGGAGAAACGCUACCGCAUCAAGCAGCUAGACUACCUACCUCGGCCUAAGCAGGUACCGGCUCGACAUGAGCCUCUGGAGCCUCCGACGGAGGUGCCGCAGGCCUACACGGGCCCAGGGAGUCACACCAGCUUCCCCACGCAGGAUGAGGCCGCAUUAGAUACCAAUCCCUGUGAGAGUCACGAGGAUGUGACAAUAGAGGUGAACUGGGAACCUGGAGAGGCUGGAGGUGACCUGCUUCCCAGCUACGUGAACUACAUGGGUGCAAUGAGGAAGACGCAUCUCCCUAGAUGCCAUUAUAAGAAACACCACACUGGGAAAAGUCCAAAGAAAAGUCCAAAGAAUGCUCAUAAAGGAUACUCAAAACAAAAACAUUACGUAUGAUGCAGUAUGUCGUCUAUGUGCAUGAAGCAUUUUGUCUGCUUCUAAAGUCUCUCUCUUUUUAAAAUACUAUCUAGAAACUGUAAAAGAUGAGAGAGAGUCCUCUGUGAACCCAGAGACAAACAAAUCUCUUCAAAAUGAACCAUUUUGGCUUCAAGUGUAAGUGCUGAACUUGAGGAAAAAAAUAAUAAAUACCGCUAGCGGGGGUCUGUGGAGGACCUUCUUUGGGAGUGUUUAUGUGAGGGAAUGCAGAUUUAAGCCCAUUCCCCUGAGAUUUGCACUGUAACCCCCCCCCUGAGCUGUUUGGAGCGGCCUCCUCUCGCAGUGGCUCUAUCCUCACCACAGAAUGUCCCGCUCUCUGGAUCCUACUUAACUCCCGGGAGGAUAAUUGCAGCCUGGACGCAGGCACGCAUGCAUGCAUUCGCAUAAUACACUUUUCCUCUUUCACCCAGUGAGUUCUGGUCACUCAAGUCGAUGCAGAGUGGGAAAGGCAGGCGAAAAGCAAAGGGGGAAGCCAGAGUUUGGAAUUUGUGGGAUUGGAUGUGACUCAUCAUUGCCAGUGACCAUAUUAUUUCAGCUACCAGGACAGAGGGAGAAAGGACCACGGCAGCACUUGGGAGAAUUGUUAUUGCACAUCGAAUGGACUGAAAGCGGUACAGGAAUGUACAAAUUCAGCAAAAGGAUACGGCUGACUAUGUGAAAACUUCCUUUAACAGCCUUUUUUAUGCAUCGUUAAGUAAAACCUGCGCUGAUAUUUAUUAUAUUUGAAGAAAAUAAAGCUCAAAGCAUAAAUAAUUAACAAUUACAUCCUCAGUUCAUGACAUAAUCUUCACAUAACAUGCCACAUAACAUAUAAUAUAUUUCUAUACUCUUUGAAACAAUAAUAAAUAUGCCAUAGAGAGGCUCCAUGCUUUUCAAAUUGUGUAUAGAUGGUUUUAUUUACGUUCCUUUGCAAAAGCAGGGAUGAGAUGAGAUUUCAGUUGUACCCCUCAAGAAAAUAUUGCUUUUGUGCCCAAAUUGCCCCUCUCUGAGUGUUGUUGCAACAAGAGGACCUGAAUUACUCACAGUAACAAAUUGAACAGAGGAAUCCAGAGUUGGGGAUGAGGGUUAUGUAUCAUGAGUACAGCCUCCUGAGAGAAUA